AUGACAAGGAUAACGUCUCGUUCUCCUCCACUCCGCGUAACCCCCUCCUCCCUCAACACCUGGGUGGUGCACCACUUCCGCUACCUCGUCGCCCACCCCCAAAAUUCUGUACACUCCGCCUCUCUCUCCCCCUCUCCCCCCUCCCCUCUACAGAGCACGCUAGACAUGAUAAAGAGCGAGAAGCUGGGCAAUCUAUCUCUCAACACCUGGGUGGCACUGAGCACGCUAGACAUGAUAAAGAGCGAGAAGCUGGGCAUCCUCUCUCUCAACACCUGGGUGGUGCACCACUUCCGGCACCUCGUGGCACAAGUCAACGCCUUGGAACCCGCAAUGCAGGCACUGACGGACAAGCAGUUGCGGCGCAAGACACGCGAGUUCAAGAAGCGGCUGAAGCAGGGAGAGACACUGGAUGACAUACAAGCAGAGGCAUUUGCUGUGGUGCGCGAGGCUGCUCAGCGCACCCUAUGCAUGCGACAUUUUGACGUGCAGAUCGUGGGAGGGGCAGUGCUGCAUGCAGGGGCGAUAGCCGAGAUGAAGACAGGCGAGGGGAAGACUCUGGUAUCCACGCUCGCAGCUUAUCUCAACGCCCUCGUGGGGAAGGGCGUGCACGUGGUAACGGUGAAUGACUAUUUGGCAAGGAGGGAUGCUGAGUUGAUGGGGCGGGUGCACGGCUUUCUGGGGCUGUCAAUGGGGGUCAUCCAGCCCGGGCAGACAAAAGAGGAGAGACAGCUUGCGUACGCUUGCGACAUUACCUAUGGUAGCAACAACGAGAUUGGUUUUGACUACCUGCGCGACCACCUAGUGCAGGAACCGAAUGAGCGCACACUGAGAUGGCCAGACGCACUGCACUACUCCAUUGUGGACGAGAUUGACUCUGUGCUCAUCGAUGAGGGCAGGAACCCUCUUCUUAUCAGCAACAUGUCCUCCUCCUACGUCAUGCGCUUCCCUGUGGCUGCUCAAGUGGCGGAGAUCCUCAGAAGGGACAUUGACUACACGGCAGACCUGAAGCUGCGCACGGUGCAGCUGACAGACUCGGGGGUGGCGAUCGUAGCAGAGAGCUUGCGGAGCGAGGAUGCCCCAGCAGAGGGGGAGGGGGAGGGGGCGAGGGAGGGCGAGGGGGGGAAUGGAGGUGAAGGAGGGGAAGGUUCGGAUUCGGAUGAUAUUUUUGAAAGCAGCAACUCGUUUGCUCAGUUUGUACUGACGGCCCUCAAAGCAAAGGAGUUUUACCUGAGGGAUCGAGACUACAUUGUGAAGGACGGCCAAGUGAUUAUAGUGGACGAGUUCACGGGGAGAACAGCAGACAUGCGGCGGUGGAGCGACGGCAUUCACCAGGCAGUCGAGGCGAAAGAGGGCGUGGAGAUUAAGCCCGUGUCAGAAACUGUAGCCCAGGUGACCUACCAGUCGCUCUUCCGCCUCUACAGCAAGGUCUCUGGGAUGACAGGCACUGCCAAGACUGAGGAGGAGGAGUUCAAGCGCAUAUUCGGCAUGCCAGUGGUCGUCAUCCCCACCAACCGCCCCAACAUCAGGAAGGAUCUGGACGUCGUUGUCUUCCUGCAAGCGCGCAACAAAGUGCAUCAUGUCAUUCAGGAGAUCGUCAAAAUGAACCAACUCGGCCGCCCUGUGCUUGUUGGGACAUCCAGUGUGGACGAGUCGGAGCGCCUCUACGCCAUGCUGCAGGUGGAGCAUCCUCGCCGGUUUGCCCACAUUCAAGUUCUCAACGCUCGGCCCGAAAAUGCAGCGCGUGAGGCAGAGAUCGUAGCGCAGGCGGGGCGGUUUGGAGGCAUCACCAUCUCCACCAACAUGGCUGGCCGCGGCACUGACAUUGUGCUGGGAGGCAAUCCCGAGCUCUUGAGCAAGGAGGUGAUCAAGUGGGCGCUCUUUGAAGCGCCAGCAGCCACAGCGGGGAACUAUUCUGCUUUCAAGAAAGGCCCACAUGCGAGGCAGGGGUUCUGGCCGAUCAAGCUGCAAGAGGAUACAUUGAAAGAGCUCUACGCUGCUCAGUUCUCAUGGCGCAGCGUGGCAGCUGAUUGGUCGGAGGCGCAGCAGCAGGCAGUGCUAGAGCAGGCAGAGACACAGGCUUUAAGGCCCUCGGCCCCUCCUGGGGCUGGGGCGGGCAAGGAGGAAGGUUGGGAAUGGGGGGAAAGCAGGGAGGAGGCGAGUGCAGGGGCGUGGGAAGGGGAUGCAGAGGACACAGGGAUGAGCCCUCUGCCAUGGCGAACCGGUGAAAAUGACAGCACCAACAGCAGCAGCAGCAGCAGCAGUAUCAGCAGCAGCAGCAAUGGCAGUGGUAUCAGCAGCAGUAGUGGUGGUGGCUUCAGCAGCAGCAGCAGCAGUGGGGAGGGGGAGGGGGACGAGAGUGAGGACGACGAUGCAGACGUGUGGGGGGGAGGAGGAGGGGUGCUGGGAGUGCGGGCAGUCCCGCGGUCGAUGCAGGAGAUGGUGGUGAGGGUGGUGGGGCGGGCGCUGGGGAGGGUGAGCUUGGACUGCAAGGCGCACUGCCAGGAGGAGGGCGAGUAUGUGCGCUCGCUGGGGGGGCUGCAUGUCAUCGGGACUGCUCUCAGUGAAUCCAGACGGAUCGACAACCAGUUGAGGGGAAGGGCAGGCCGCCAGGGCGACCCUGGGUCUACUCAGUUUAUCAUCAGCAUGGAGGACGAUAUGAUGAGGGAGGUGCUACCAGACUCCUCCCGAGCCAUGUUGGAGCAGUUGCUGUACACAGGCGACUUUGACGAGGGCUUUCCACACAUUGCAUUGACUCUCGCUUUGGUGCAGACGCAGAAGACCAUCGAAGCUGCCAUGUUCGAGCGGCGGAGGCAAAUGCUAGACUAUGACCAGGUCUUUGAGCUUCAGCGCAAGCACGUGUACGAGCUGAGAGAGUCCAUUUUGGAGGAGUCUCCUCAAGCCCGGCACACACGCGCACAACUGUACAUCCAAGCAGUGGUGGAUGAUGUGGUCAAGGAAUACUGCUCAUCUUCCAAGCCAGUGGCAUCAUGGCCCAUCGACACCUUGCUCAAGCGCCUCUCUCGCACCACUGGCAUAGACAUCUCCCAGCACGUGGAUGCCACCUCCCUCACUUCCGCCCUGUCCCACUCCCCUCCGCCGAACGCCGGCCAUCGCUGGGACCUCAGAAAGCACCUUCCCCACGUUCUGUCUCCCUUGCCUGAGUUGGAGCAGGUCAUCAAAGCACCAGGCAGCGCUGCGCAAGUACCUGGGGGACGAGCUACAGGGCCCACCUCGCUCUCUUCUCCUCUCAUUCUCCUAUUCUAUUCCUAUUUCCCCCCUCAUUGCUGCGCAUCUGUUCUCCUCAGGAGGGGCAGGUCAUCAAGGCAACUGGCAGCACUGCGCAAGUAUCUGGGGGAAUUGGUGGUCACGAGCUACAGGGCCCACCUCGCCCUCGUCUCCUCUUAUUCUCCUGUUGUAUUCCUGUUUCCCCCUCACUGCUACGCCUCUCUCUCUCUCCUCAGGAGGGGCAGGUCUUCAAGGCAACUGGCAGCACUGCGCAAGUAUCUGGGGGACUUGGUGGUCACGAGCUACAGGGCCCACCUCGCCCUCGUCUCCUCUUAUUCUCCUGUUGUAUUCCUGUUUCCCCCUCACUGCUACGCCUCUCUCUCUCUCCUCAGGAGGGGCAGGUCUUCAAGGCAACUGGCAGCACUGCGCAAGUAUCUGGGGGACUUGGUGGUCACGAGCUACAGGGCCCACCUCGCCCUCGUCUCCUCUUAUUCUCCUGUUGUAUUCCUGUUUCCCCCUCACUGCUACGCCUCUCUCUCUCUCCUCAGGAGGGGCAGGUCUUCAAGGCAACUGGCAGCACUGCGCAAGUAUCUGGGGGACUUGGUGGUCACGAGCUACAGGGCGCACCUUGCUCUCUUCGUUGCGUCGCCACAGCAGAUGGAGUUCUUUGAGAGAGAGUCGCUGUUGUCUACGUUGGACCGGCUGUGGAGCGUGCAUAUCGCCAACAUGGCACGGCUGAGGAACGCGGUGAGCGUGCAGAGCUUUGGGCGGGAGAACCGGUUAGAGGAGUUCAAGAAUGAACGAACACUCUUCUUCAUCUCCACGCUCUUUUGUCUCCUGCUCCUUCCUCCCUUGUUUCUCUCCCUGUUUGCUUCCUGUUUCUACAGGGCACCCACGCGCCUCUUCAUCCCCACACUCUUCGCCAUGCGGAGGGAGAGCGUGCAGGCGCUGCUGCUGUCGUCCUUUUUCGCGGACACAGAUGGGAGUGUUGAUAAUGGUGGGCGGAACGUGGUGUAUGCAAGCACACGUUUUUUAUGGGAAAGAAUGCCAGGAGAGUGUGCAGGCGCUGCUGUCGGCCUUUUUGGCGGACACAGAUGGGAGCGUUGA